UAAAGAGCCAGAGAAACAGAAACACGGAGUGAAAGAGAAGUAAACUAGAGUAUCAAUUUUUCGUGAAGAUACCGGAGAAAGCUCCGAUCUUUGAACUUGUUGGCCAUCAAAUUGAAAAUCUGAAUCAGACCCGAAAUUCUAAACCCUUUAAGCUUUCACUUCCUCAAUCUUCUCGCAGAUUUUGGUUUUUUUUUCCCCAUCUCUCUGUGACCACACAAACAAACGAAAGGACUCUUCAAGUUUUUGCUCCUGCUGCUGCUGGAACCGUGUAAUGAAAUGAAGUUAGUAGGAUAAAAUUUUGAGCACUUUUCAUUGCAUUUACUAGAGAUCUCGAGAUAGAGGACGAGAGUAAUGGAGAAGGAAAAGAAGAGUGAAGCAGCUGGAGAUACAGAUUUUGUGUUGCAAUGGGGAAGUACAAAGAGGCUUAGAUGUGUUAAAGUGAAAAAAGUACAAAACUCGGGAAACAAAUCUAAACUAAAUGAUUCUUUGCCCAAGAAGAAACUCACUUCUCGUGCCGUCGCUACCGAGAAAGACUUUCCUUCUCGCCUCAUUAAGAAUUCUGAUUUGUUAUCGAACAAUAGGAAGUCAUCGGUGUUAUCACCAGAUAAGGAAGAUAGGUACUACACAACAAGGGGAUCAAUGGGAUUGGAUGAUAAUAGCAAGAUUUUAAUGGAUAAUGUCAAGGAAGAAAAAGUUGUCUGGCCUAGACUGUUCAUAGCACUGUCAAACAAAGAGAAGGAAGAGGAUUUCAUGGCUAUGAAAGGGUGCAAGCCUCCUCAAAGGCCUAAGAAAAGAGCCAAGUUGAUUCAACGAACCUUACUUUUGGUAAGUCCAGGUGCAUGGUUAUCAGAUUUGUGUCAUGAGAGGUAUGAAGUGAGGGAGAAGAAGACUUCCAAAAAGAGACCUAGAGGAUUGAAGGCAAUGGGAAGCAUGGAAAGUGACUCAGAAUGAGUGAUUUUGACCAGUGGUAGUUAGGAAAGACAACUAGAAAUAUAGAGUUCCCACUUCCCUCUCUCUUUUCCUUUCUUUUAUUGAAAGGAAGAAAGCAAGGAUAAGGAGGGGGGAACAGUAUCGGAGUCUUUUUCCACGACGUUGUUUUUGUAGCAAGGGGCUUUUGCCAGUCUGAUAUUUGGAAUAUAGAAUAUUAUGUUUAUCUCAGCAUUUGUUAUAUUUUCUUCUUCCUUC